AUGGAUAUUAAAUCUACUUUCUUGAAUGGUGUACUCGAAGAAGAAGUUUAUGUAGAGCAACCUGUUGGGUAUGUCAAGAAAGGGAAUAAGGAAUUGGUUUACAAACUCAAAAGAGCAUUGUAUGGUUUGAAACAAGCUCCAAGGGCAUGGGAGGCUAUGGGUAGACAAUUUGAGAUGAUAGAUUUGGGUCUUACGUCCUAUUUUCUUGGAAUUGAAGUUUUACAGCUUAAUUGCGGCUUCUUCAUUUCUCAGAGGAAGUAUGCUGGUGAUGUUUUGAAGAAGUUUAAGAUGAAUGUAGCAAAUGCCAUUUUGACUCCUGCAGAAGAGAUGUUGAUGUUGACGAAAGAUAAGUCUGAAAAUUUUGUAGAUCCAACCUACUUUAAGACUUUGGUUGGAAGUUUGAGAUAUUUGACCUCCACAAGACCAGAUAUUAACUACAGUGUUGGCUUGAUCAGUAGGUUUAUGGAAAAUCUUCGUCAAUCUCAUUUACAAGCAACAAAGAAAAUUCUGAGAUACAUUAAAGGUACACAGGGAGAUGGUAUCUUGUACUCAAAUAACGAAUCAGUUGAGUUGGUUGGAUACACUGACAGUGAUUAUGCUGGUGAUACAGUUGAGAAGAAAAGUACUUCUGGUUAUGCUUUCUUUAUUGGUUCUGCUGUUUUUCAUGGAGUUUGA